AGUAUUGUUGUAUUAUUAACAGAGCAGAUUCAAUGCUAUGUUGCAGUCCAAUACUAUAAUCAGAAUUCUUAGAAAAAGUUGUUCAAUUGAAUGUGAAACUGUCCUAGGGGCGCGGCAGAGGCAGGGGCCGUGGCGGCGUGCGGGGCCGGGGUCCACCAAAGAGGGUUGCAUUUAGGGAUGAAGAGGAAACGGAGCCAGCUGAACCAGAAGGGGACUCUGAGCCUUCCAAGGCUGCCAAAAGGAUGAAAUCUGUCAUCAAACUCAGCAAACUCCUGGCGGCCAGCAAGAGAGGAGAGCAGCCGUCUACUGCCGCUGGCCCGUCUCCAUGGAAGAAAGCCAAGAUGUUCAAGAUGUUCGGCGUCAAGAAGAAGGAUAAAGACUAUGCCAAACUGAUGUCGGCCCGCCGUAUCGACAGCCAGGAGAGUCUGACUGAUGGCCCGUCACCUUCGGGACUGAUCGAAAGCAAGUCGAGCGCCCGAAGCCAGCUCGGCAAAGUUUUGAAGAAAAUCAAGCUGGGCAGGAAGUUGCAGGCCCGUAGAAAGUCGCAGAGUAGCAUAAGUGCCACUGGCAGUGAGAGAGAUGAAGAGGCUUCGCAAGUCACCAGUGAGGAUGAGAAUAAAUCUAAAGUGUCCAUCAGUGUGACGGAAAGUGAGCCAGAAGCAGUUGCGAGUGGUAGCAGUAAGGAGAAAGACUCAGAUGAUGAGUCAUCAGAUAGAAGCAGUGUGGACAGAGACUAUCUCAAAGUGGAUUUGGACCGGGACGAUGCCAACGAAAGCACUGUGGACUCAGAAGAAGAGCCAGAUGAAUUGCCUGGAGAGUCGGAUGAGGAAAGCAAGUCUAAGUCUGAGGAGGAAGAAAGUGAAAAGGGAUCGGUCAGUGAGAAAGAAUCAACUACUGAAAAAGAAUCAGAUUCAGAGAAGCCAUCAGGGACAGAAAAAGAGUCAGAGACAGAGAAAGAAUCAGAGUCUGAGCAAGAGUCGGACACAGAGAAGGAGUCGGACUCAGAGAAGGAGUCAGAGUCUGCCAAAGCGUCUGAUUCUGAAAGAGGAACAGAAUCAGGAACAGGGACUGCAACAGAGAAGGACACAAGCACAGAAAAGGGUUCAGAAACAGAGGGUGAUUCGGAUGAAGAGUCCGAGGAAGAAGAGGCAUCAGGAAGCGCUAAAGAAAGUGGGUCUUCUCGCUCGUCCAUGAGAUCAUCAGCUACUGAGGCUAGCAAGGCGAGAGGUGGGAGUGGCAGCAGCAGCAUCAGUGGCAGUGGACUGGAGAGUGGGAGUGGAAGUGACAGCAGGAGUGAGAGUGGUAGCAAAACUGUCAGCGGUAGUGGUAGCGUAAGAAGUCAAAGUGCAAGCGAGAGUGCUAGUCUCAGAGGGUCAGAGUCUUUAUCUGGCUCCAGUUUGAGGUCAUCACAGAGAACUAAAACUUCCAGAAGUGCGUUAACAUCAGGGAAGUCCAGCGAGGAGCUUAGCGAGGCCGAAUCAGGAACAGGAACGGUCAGUGAGGUGGAAUCCGGAUCAGGAAGUGAAGGCUCUUGGUCUCGAGGGACUAGUCGCAGGAAAAUGUCUGCUGGUUCAGACUCAAUCGGAGGAUCAUCCACCAGUAGUAAGAUGACUGAAGAGAGUUCUUUGAGCGGCAAGGGAAGAUCUGCAAGUACUGUGUCCUCCAGCGGGAGCUUUCGCUCCCAGAAGUCCAUCCUGACUCAUAAGUCUGAGGACACAAUAACGGAGGAAAGUCAAGAAGAAGAGUCCGACACUGCUGAUGAAAGCAAAGAUUCAUCCGGUGACAUCAGUGAUGAUGGCGCAUCUAGAAGGUCCAGUGUGGCAUCCGGAGGUCCUGGCCCGUCCAGCCCUUACAGCGGUCUUCCCUAUUCCUCUGAGCUCAGAAGUAUCAGCGGCACUUCUGAAGAGACAUACGCUGGACUGUCCCCAAUUUCCGAGGCGGACGAAGACGCCAUCUCUUCUGAGAAAUCUUCAGCCAGCGGCUCCGGUUUGGAGGCUGAGGACACAGGAGAAACUGAGGCAACAUCAGAUUCUGACUCGGAGGGCAACCUGACAGCUUUCUAGGAAACAUGGUGACUGUGAACUGGUGAGGAAGAAGCGAACGAAGCCGGCGGUCGAUCGGGAGAACGAGACCACCUCCACGGG